UCGCAACUUCGAGAUCACAUCCUAGGUGCGCCCACCUGCCAGGGUUUCAUCAUUUGCACAGUGAUCUAUCAAGGAAGAAGACUCUACUUCUACAACUUCUAUUUCGUCCCAGACUUCAGCUCAAAGAAUCUUCCGGAAAUCGACUUCGAUAUUAUCAUACUUUUGCGCAUAGUAUUCGUCAACAACUGGUUGUAGAUCUCCAGGUAUCGUGAAGCGUGGUGGCAUACCGGUAUAAGAAUGGUUUAUUGCGGCAAGCCCUCGCGGGGCUGCCAGAUGUGCCGGACUCGAAGAAUAAAGUGUGAUGAGACAAAACCAACUUGCAACCAAUGUGCGAAAUCAAGACGUCAAUGUCCGGGGUACAAAGACGAUUUCGACCUCGUCUUUCGCAACGAGACGCAAGCCACCGAGAGGAGGGCACGCCGAGCUGUGAAUAGCAAGAAAGUCUCAGCUCAGAUCACAUUCGCGAAUCAACAAUCUUCCUUUUCUACUAUCCAGGACAAUAGCGAUGACGACUCGCAAGCGCUCAUACUUCCCAACACGGACAUUACCCAGUUUUCGCCACCAGAAACAAUCUCAAUACCUUAUGAACAACAAGCGCCUUGCUUUUUUGUCACGAACUAUGUCCUUACACCGCGUCAAGCUUCGAGAGGCUAUUUCGACUUUAUAGAACCGAUGAUGGAGAAAGAGAGCCCAGAUUCGCACCUCUCACUUGCAUUCGGCGCUGUGUCCAUGGCAUCUCUUGCCAAUAGGCCAAAUUCACGAGGACGAUCAUUGUAUCCCCAAGCUGUUAGUGCAUAUACGAAAGCUCUCAAAGCAGUAAAUCUCGCUCUUCAAAACCCGGCAUUGCAGAAAACAGAUCAGACUUUGGCCGCUAUCCUACUGCUAGGGUUCUUCGAAACUAUUGCUUCAGAACGAACUAGCGCUAUGGCAUGGUAUUCGCAUAUUGACGGCGCAGUGCAGCUCGUCAAGAUGAGAGGAAAGAAACAGCUUCGGACCAAAGUCGGCAAUAGUCUCUUCAUGUGCGUAAGAGCGCAAAUGGUUGUUUCAUGCAUGUCAGGAUCGAAGGCACCGUCACAAGGAGUGGAGUGGUGGCUUGGAGACCAGAAGGACGAUGCAGGCUCUUUCGUCCCGAAAUUAAAUCUCCGAAUAGCUGAGCUCCGUUCUGAUAUCAACGCUGCGUUGUCAACUUUCCCGAGGACGCCGGAAUAUUUCCAGCAAAUCCAAAAUCUGAUGAAGCAGGCACAGGCUAUGGAACAGGAGUAUCUUGAAUGGGAGGCCAAAGUUCCAGACGAGUGGCGACCUCAUACAGUUGCCUGGGUUGACCAAGUUCCUGGGGGCGAUAUUACCAAGGCUGAAGUUUGUCCCGGCAAAGUCGACAUGUAUCCGGAUCUCUGGACUGCACAGCUUUGGAACUCGGCACGAGUAGCAAGACUGUUCAUCUCAGGUGUGAUCGUUCGUUGCGCGGCGUGGAUUUGCUCACCGGUGGAUUAUCGAACUACUCCUGAAUACGCCCAAGCUGUGAGGUUAUGUGGCGAUAUUGUCACAGAUAUCAUUGCAGCGGUACCGUUCUUCCUCGGCUGGAGUGUCGCUCAGGUAGGAAAUCUAAGGAGUAGUGAUUUCUCAGGCUUUGAUUCUUGGGGUCAAAGUGGUCCACCGAAAGCUAUUGGAGGCUUCUUUGUCAUCUGGCCGCUCUUUUCCAUCACCAAUACUGAUUUCAUCUCCGACUCGCAACGUUCGUGGGCAAAGAGUAGGAUGAUGUACAUCAGCGAGACUUUGGGACUCAAUCACGCCAAGGUUCUGUCGAAAUUCCAAGUCCGCCUCCCAUCAAUGAUCAUCCGCCGCGAUAGUCUCGUCCACACACCACCCACAACUCAAAUGAUGGCAGCCACAAUGGCACGAGGCUACACACCCCCAGUAGCAGCCAACACCUCUACACACAUCACGACCACAACCAUCAACCAAAUAGCCGCAGCUCAGCAACCGCAAUACCAAACUCCGUCCCCAUACCACCAAUCACAACCACAAUACCAAACCACCCCAUCUCCAUCUCUCAGUCCCGGCUCAAGUAUCUCGCCAUCGAUGAUGAACGCACCGGUCGUGCCGAUUUAUACGAUGAAUCCGCUGCAGCAGAGAGAGGCGAUGCAGAGAGAGACGUGGGAGAAGGAACGGAAGACUUUGUUGAAGAAGGCGAGUAAUCAGCAGGGGGACUCGGUGGAGAGGUUGUUGGCGAAUUAUUUGCAGGUUUGAGGGGGUGGGGUGGGAUUGGAUUGGAGUUUCUUGAGAAAUGGAGGGAAAAAAGGAGAGGCGUUUGAGUUGCAUAGUUGGGACUAUGGCAUAGUGGGUGGGAUUGGAACUAGGCGUUCUUGUAUAUA